UGUAAAUCGAUUCCAGUUUCAAAUCGAUUAAUUUAAAUCGAUACAAUGAUUGAUCAAACAAUCGAAACUAAUGACAGUAAUGACAUAAUAAGAUAAAAUUUUAGAUAAAAUUUGUAUUUGUAUUGACUUUUGACCUUGUCUUGUAUAAUAAGUAGGUCAUAAAGGCUAAGAUUUUUAUUUUAAAUAUUUUAAUAGUUAGUGCUUGUUUACCGGCAACUUACAGUAUUUAUUUUUUGUAUUAAGGUUUUUAAUAAAUAUUCCGGAAACAAUGUCCUGGUUUUCCGAAGUAGAAUUGGGUCCUCCAGUGGAGGUUUUUGCUCUUAUCAAGGCCUUCAACGAAGACACGUUUGAAAAAAAAGUCAAUUUGAGUGUUGGAGCAUACCGGACAGCAGAAGGCAAGCCCUGGGUUCUUCCUGUUGUACGACAUGUUGAAAGAAAAUUAGCCGAUAAUGACUCUUUAAAUAAGGAAUAUUUGCCGAUUUUGGGUUUAGAGUCAUUUAGUAUUGCAGCUACAAAUUUAUUAUUAGGACUUGAUUCUCCAGCCCUUAUUUCCAAAAAGGCUUUUGGAAUUCAAUGCCUUUCUGGAACUGGAUCAUUGAGAGUUGGAGCUGAAUUUCUUGCAAGAGUUUUAGGAAAGAAAAUAUUCUACUAUUCAAAACCUACUUGGGAAAAUCAUCUUUUAAUUUUCAAAAAUGCUGGAUUCGCUGAGGGUCGGGAGUACCGUUACUGGAAUCCUAGUACACGUGGAUUAGACUUUGAUGGUUUAAUUGAGGAUUUAAAAAAUGCACCUAAAGAUUCUGUUGUUAUUCUGCAUGCAUGUGCUCACAAUCCAACAGGAACUGAUCCUACUCCCGAACAAUGGGACCAAAUUUCAGACGUUAUAAAAGAACGAACAUUAUUCCCAUUCUUUGACUGCGCUUAUCAAGGUUUCGCUUCCGGGAAUCUGGAAAAGGAUGCAUUUGCAGUACGAAGGUUCGCUUCACUGGGAUUUGAAUUCUUCUGUGCCCAGAGUUUUGCCAAAAAUUUUGGACUCUAUAAUGAACGUGUUGGAAACUUGACCGUAGUUAUUAACAAUCCAGAAUUAAUACCUGCCACGAAGUCACAAUUUACUCUCAUAGUAAGAGGAAUGUACUCAAAUCCUCCAUCUCAUGGUGCUAGAAUAGUCGAAUCUGUUCUCAGUAACCCCGAGUUAUUGAGCCAAUGGGAGGAUCACAUUAAAACUAUGUCUUCAAGAAUUAUCGAUAUGAGAAAGCAAUUAAGAGAGGCUUUAGAACAACUUGAUACUCCCGGCGAUUGGAGCCAUCUUACUAAACACAUAGGCAUGUUUUCCUAUACAGGUCUAAAUGAGAUUCAGUCUGAGCACAUGGUCAAAAAGCAUCACGUUUAUCUAUUGCGUUCCGGACGAAUCAGUAUGGCUGGAUUGAACCCCAGUAACGUGUAUUAUGUGGCUAAAGCUAUUCAUGAAACUGUCAGUUCGAUGCCCAGCAAGAUAUGAAUAUAUUAUACCUAUAUACAAAUUAAGUUUAAUGUGUACAGCUACAUAGAAUUGUUUACAUCAAAUGUAUAAUAAAUAUUUUAAUCAUGUUAAAAUUGUUUGUUUUCAUUACAAAUAGUAAUAGUAGUUGAAUUUAAUCUCAAAUAUGUUGUCC